AAGAAAACAGGAUGGGAUGGCGACAGCAGGAAGUAUAGUAUUGAGUGUCGCGGCGGAUGACGCAUGACUGGCUGCCUACCGAAUCAGGCGGCCCGCUGUGAGGUGCUCCGCCCGCUGCUGCACUUCACCAGGAACCGUAACCUCACCUCCUCCCGCCUUUGCUCGUCCUACGCUUUUGCAUCUCUUUCUCUACUACUACUGCUACUUCUUCUUCUAUCUCCAGGGUACCCUGUCGUCUCGCUUCGACCGUCUCCUGUCUCGUCUGGAGCCCGGUCCUCUCACCUUUCCCUCCCCCUCUCAGCGCCACUUCCCCCCCCCCCUCCCUCGCCCGCUCGCGUCGAUCGCUUCGCUGGUGUGACUGUAUUUAUAAUUCGCCCCGUCGGCCACCUAAGGCUGUCCGAACAAAGACCCUGAUCUACUGGCUGUCUAUAGACUCGAUAGAAAUCUUGCUCCAGAGUUGGCCAGGGCUUGCAUUUGCUGGGUUUCCCAACGUGAUUUGACCCUCUCCGAGUCUGGGAGAGCUUCCCCGCACUAGAGCUGCACAGCAUCAUGUAUGUCGUGGAGAAACACAUCACAGGAAAAAAUGAGAGACCAAGUGAAUAUGUAGCUAACCGAAGGCUCUCA